AUGCGAGGCCUGCUUCUCGUGCAAGCUGUUCAGCUUGCAUACAAAGAGCGGGCGCGUGCUUCCUUCGACCCCCGCGAGCUCACCUACGUGCUGGAGGGCGGCAAGGAGAACACCUUGCGGCGGGAGAAGGUGGAAGCCCUGGUCGAGGCAGACCCGGUCUUCGACAAUUCGGAUGUGUACUCCUUGAGCCGACCUGAGAGAUAUCGCCGGGCCAUGCAGAAGCAACGUCGGCUCCUCGAACUCCACUCGCAGGGCCUGGACCCCACAGACCUCCGACAUGCCGUGCACGACGAUCUGGGCACCGACCUCCAGACCUUGAUGUUCAUUCCCAACAUCAGGGCAACUUUCAGUGACGAGCAGCGGGCGCACUGGCUGCCGCGGGCGGAAGCCUGGGAGGUCGUUGGUUGCUACGCUCAGACCGAACUGGGCCAUGGCUCCAACGUGCGCGGCCUGGAGACGACCGCCACCUAUCUUGAGGAAACGGACGAGAUCGAGAUCCACAGUCCAUCUCUGACGAGCACCAAGUGGUGGCCCGGUGCCCUUGGCAGGACGGCGAAUCACGCUGUCGUCUACGCCCGCCUGAUCGUGGCAGGCAAAGACCUGGGCAUCCACAACUUCAUGGUGCAGAUCCGAGACUUGCAGACGCAUGAGCCACUCCCCGGCGUGCAAGUCGGUGACAUUGGGCCGAAGAUCGGCUACAAUAACCAGGACAACGGUUUCUGCCGGUUCAGCCACGUGCGCAUUCCACGGACCAACAUGGCCAUGAGGCAUGCGACGCUGGACCGCACGGGUCAGUACUCGUCUAGAAAGGAGCGGCGCGCGGCGUCCUAUUCCGCCAUGACGAAGGUGCGCGUGGAGAUUGCCAUGGGCAGCGGCCACGUUCUCAGCAAGGCCUGCGCCAUCGCAAUCCGGUACUCUGCUGUGCGGCACCAAGGAUUUACAGGCAAGGGUGAUGGCUCAGAGAUGUGCGUCCUCGACUACACGAUGCAGCAGCAACGUUUGCUGCCCUUGCUGGCCACAGCCUAUGCUUUCCAUUUCGGUGGUGCAACUAUGCAGGAGCUCCUGGCGCGCAGGGACGCCGAGGCGCUCCAUGUGGCCUCAUCCGGGUUGAAGGCCCUCUGCAGCCGCAUCACAGGAGAUGGCAUCGAAACCUGCCGCCGUGCAUGUGGCGGACACGGGUAUCUCGAUGCCUCGGGGCUUCCGCAGAUGUUGGGUACCGUCCUGCAAAAUGUUACGGUGGAGGGCGAAAACUUCAUGAUUGCACAGCAGACGACGAGGGGCCUGCUGAAACUCGUCUCUUCCGCAGCCCCGUCGACGUUGCCUUUCAAUGCGUGGGAAGGCGACCACACGGCCUACCUACGCUCGAGCUCUGCAGAGGCCCUACGAUGCGAUGCCAGGACGGCCCAAGACUUUCUGUCGUCCCGGAUCCAGAGUGAAGCUUUCUGCCAGCGGGCCGCUUGGGCGGUGACCGAUCUGAAGAGGCAACUGGAUGCCGCGCAGGCGGAUGGUGCCUCUUAUCAGGAUGCCUGGAACGGCGCCUGCCCCGACGUGAUUCGUGCUUCAGAAGCCCACUGCUUCUAUGUUCUCGUGCGCAGCUUCUGGGCUGCCAUCGAAUACCUCCGGGCACGCGUGGCGCCAGCUCUUGCGGCGGUUCUGGAGAACUGCUGCCAUCUCUUCAGUUUGUGGUGGAUGCAGGAGGGCAUCGGCGACUUCCUGCAAAGCGGCUACCUGACUGCGCAGCAGGCCGGGCUUCUUCGCUCGGCGGUGCGCCGGCUGCUGCCGGUGCUCCGUGCUGACGCGGUGCCGCUUGUCGACGCAUGGGCCCACUCCGAUCACUCCCUGAACUCGGCACUCGGCCGGCAUGACGGCCGUGUGUACGAGGCUCUGUGGGAGUCAGCACAGCCGAAGGUGAACCCCAUGAACACCGAGGAGGUCACGCCGGCAUUCCAAGAGUCCAUCUAUCCCUGGAGACGGAGCAGGUUGUGA